AUGGCGACCUCACACCAACCCUUCCCAUCACGCCCAUAUACUUCGGGUCUGACACGUGGCGGCGGUGCAGGCGGUGCAGGACCUUCGACAACACCCUAUGCGCAAACGCCUUUCAAUGCGCCGCAGCAGAAUCCCUCUGGCGCAGGAGCAUUCGGCGGAGCAGGCGCAACGACCCAACAACAGCGCGAAGCCCAGCGCCUCGAACGCGAAAGGCACGAGCGCGCAGACAGGGAAAGAAGAGAAGCAGAGGAACGCGCGGCACUAGAUGCGCUGAAUGAAGAGCAAAGAGAAGAGAUCAACGAAGCCGUAAGUCCACAACACCUGCUCCUCACUACCGGACGAAAUGCUGAUCUAGGGAUCUUAUCUAUACAGUUCUCCCUCUUCGAUCUAGACAAAGACUCCCACAUCGACUACCACGAACUGAAAGUCGCCCUCAAAGCCCUAGGCUUCGAAGUCCCCAAAUCAGAACUCCUCCAGAUCCUCCAACAACACGGAAUUCCAGCUUCUACCCUCUCGCCCACAGCUUCCUCACAUCCAAUCCAGCAACAGCAGCAGCAACCUACAUUUUCCGGUCCUUCACGGCUCUUGUUAUCCCAUGCUGCGUUCACAAAUAUCGCAGCGCAAAGGAUUCUGGCUCGGAAUCCUGAAGAAGAGAUCUUACGCGCAUUCGAGCUCUUCGAUGCGGAUAAUAAGGGAAGGAUUGAAUUGCAGGAUCUGCGAAGGGUAGCGCGGGAAUUAGGAGAGGGGCUGCAGGAAGAAGAAUUGCAGGCAAUGAUUGAAGAGUUUGACGUGAGAGGCGAGGGUGGCAUUUCGCGAGAGGAGUUUGUUGGCAUUUGCAUGGGUGGUUGA